CUCCUCUCACACUCGUGCUCUUGCUGUAUGUAACUCGGGGAGCUUAGUGUUGUUGCUUUAAUUUGGGGUUUUGGUGUAAGACGAGUGCGUGUGUUUGUCUACUUACUUUCGUGUGCUUGUGAGUUUUAUUAAAAGCCGCCAAAAUUGGUCGUCUUACGAAAACUUCAUUUGUUUUAAGUGACCUCAGGGACGACGACAUGGGUUUCGGUUCACGCAUGGACUGCUGCGGGCAGUUUGUCAAAUACAGUCUAUUUGUUUCGAAUUUUAUUAUAUUUGUGGGCGGUGCUACUGUAUUUUGUUUAAGUUUAUGGACCCUGGUCGAUCGUAGUUUUAUGAAUGAAUUAUUGGGCACAAAUCUAUUUUCGGGAGCUGUUUAUGUUCUGCUGGUGACAUCGGUGGCCAUAUGUCUUUUGUCAUUCCUGGGUUGUGUGGGGGCGGGCAAGGAGGUUAAAUGUCUACUGUUAACGUACUUUAUUAUUGUGGCCCUGGUGUUUGUCACCAUGUUAAUAGGCGGCAUUUUGGGUUAUGUGUUCAGAGAGCGAGUACAACAGACCAUGAGACAGGAAAUGCGCUCUACUAUGGCUUUAUAUGGCAGCCGUCGUGAUAUCACCCAGGCCUGGGAUCAGACCCAAGAACGUCUCCAGUGCUGUGGUGUUGAUACCUGGCAUGAUUGGAAUCGUUUUGGUCCCAUUCCCGAGUCCUGUUGUCAGGAGAUCUUUGGGGGCCAACGCAAAGAGUGCACCAUCUUCCCCACCAUCACGAAUUUGUACAGUCAGGGUUGCUUGUAUGUGACAUCGAAUUUCAUCAGAGAUCAUGCGGCCAUAAUUGGGGGCACUUCGAUAGCGGUGGCCAUUAUAAUGAUUUUCGGCAUGGUCUUCUCUUGUCUUCUAUUUAACAUGAUUGAAUAGUCAAGAUUUAAGGAAUUUUAUUGCUCUUUCACAGGUUAAACCUUCUUAAAAAUACGAGUAUAUUUUUUAUUUGUAAAAAAAUUUGUGUUAAUUUUGUAAAAAAAACAUUGCAAGAAAAAAAUAGUUAAAAAACUAUAAGAAAAAAAACUUAUUAUCUGUAAAAUAGCUUAUAAAAGUAAAGACAGGUUUGGUUUAAGGUCAGCAGCUAUCAAACAUUAAAUGGUCAAAGUCAGCAGUCAUGUCUUGACUAGGGUUAGACAUGUAAUGUUACAAGUAAGCAGCUUAGCUUACCAUAAGCAAGAUAUGAUUUUUAGCUAUAUCUGUCUUUUUUAUUGUCACAUUUUAUGUUAAGUUUGUCUAAAAAUUUAUAAAGUUUAUUAAUUGUUUUUUUUGUUUUUGUACAAAAAAAGAGCCUUAAAACUCAAAAAAAUCUAUGUAAAUUCAUGAAAAAGAAUGGAAUUUUUUUUUUAACAAAAUUAUAUUAAAGUAUUAUACAUAAUUUGUUCAUUUUACUUAAGCUAUCAUUUGUUCUUUAUAUUAUUAUCAUGCAUAUAUAUAGUAGAUAUAAUUUAACUGUUAUAUCGUGUAAGUAAAAUUUGUUUAUUUUUAUAAAUUUCAUAUCAUUUUCAAAUGUUUGUUUAAUUAUUUGUUUAAAAUUGUUUCAAAAUAAAAAAGUUUUAGUUUUAAGUUUUAAAUUUAGUUUAAGCAAAUUCAAAAAUAGUUUUUAAAUAAAAAUUUGUUAUCCUAAAAAUUAAAAAAGAAAAACGUUUCCAAUAAAGAAAAACAAAAAUUUAAAUUUUUUAAAAAAUUUGAAAACCAA